AUGGAGUCGCGGUCGCCACUGCCGGCACCAUCGGUGUUUCGUAAUCCAGAAGACCUGUUGGCUCGUGAAUCCGACGUCACUGUAUCAACCAACGUGACGUCUUACGCUGAAUAUAAAGGGUUUUUCAUUUAUGUGCUUUCUACGUUGGCUUUGCUAGUUUACGCCACGUGGUUGCUUCUUCCCGAGCUGUACUUGGCGCUUUUGGGCGUCUACUACUACCCUAGCAAAUACUGGGCCCAGGCGGUUCCUGCUUACCUGUUGAUGCUUAUGCUAUUCAUAUACAUCGGUUUGGCCUUGUACAAUACUGAGGUCAGGACACUACCGCUAGACGAUCCAAGGCUGUUUACUGAUGAACACGCUGUGUACCCAGACAACCCAGCAGACUACAUUCACAAGACACCCAGCGGUGUAAGGGAUCUACCGACGCCGCUAGUGUCUGAGGUUCUAUAUAUGUGA